AUGUUCACAAACACAACACGCUCCUUAGUGGGAGCUGGAAAGCGUCUGCGGGUACCCGUGCCUAUUCGCUCGCUAUCAUCCCCGAGCCAACCUAGUGCGCCAACCCCAACCGCAACCCAGGAAACAGCACCCCAGUCUGCCGCGACCCCAGCUCCUGAAUCUGUAUCGACGCCAACCCCGGAGCAGCCAUCCGAGCCACUAGUCAAAGAAUGGUCCGAGCGACUGGGAGCUUUGGGUAAGGGCACCAGACUGCCACGCAGCGUGCAAGCCAUUUAUAUGCGACCCCUCCGGAGAAAGGCGGAAUAUGGCCUCCCGGUUUGUGAUCUGCAGCUUCGAUCCUACAGCGUCGAAAAUGUGGAAUUCUUCGCCGACUUUGCCAUCCGUGCUGCCUAUUACCUCAACCUCCCCGUCUCCGGUCCCGUCCCUCUCCCACGCAUCGUCGAACGCUGGACCGUCCCACGAAGCAACUUCGUCCACAAGAAAAGCCAGGAGAAUUUUGAGCGGAUCACCCUCCGCCGGCUUAUCCAGAUUAAGGAUGGAAACCCAAAAGCAGUGCAAGCCUGGCUUGCUUUUCUGCGGAAACACGCAUUCUAUGGUGUCGGCAUGAAGGCCAAUGUCUGGGAGCACGACAGCCUCGAUGUUGGCAAAUCGAUGGACGAAUCUCUUCCGGAGAUUGAGAAGGCCCUGGGCUCGCACCUCGCCCAAUUUGGUCAGCGCAAGGAUAAUACCGUGGAGAGCUCUAUCUUCGACACCUUGGACAGUGACCGGUUUGCUGAGCGCACAAGCCGAUAG